AUGUCUUUAGGUGGCCUUGUUAGCGAGAAACCUUUCUUUUUCUCAUUUGCAAAGCGAUGGAGCGAUUCUUACGACAAUGACUCCAUUCCCAAGGAGGAUCUUCCCUAUGUGAAGGAGCUGCGACUUCUGCUAUCGGAAUUUGAAGUCGGAAGCAUUGAGCUUUUUAUGCGUGUUUACGAAGACGACUUCAUCUCACCACUCCUAGAGACCAUAAUCCGACUCUACGGCAAUAUCAAGAAGAUUGACCUCGAUGAGCCCACCAAGGAAACCAUUUGGUGUCAGAGGAGACGCUUACUCACAGAGCGCUUCAGCUCGAUAUUCCCCUACCUCGAGAUGUCCCAGGGUACCAUUGACAGCGAAGAUGUUGUACACUUUCCUUUCGGAAGAGAUACAUUCCACGGAAAGCGAACCAAUUUCAAACCCCGUCGAGAGUGGAUGGAUCUGUCAUUUGUAGCCCAAGUGUUGCCCGAAACAAGUAAGGCCGGCGAGCUUGGUCUCUAUCCCGCUCAGAUUUCCUUCACGAUCUGUGGUACCAGUGUCAAGCAAUAUGUUGCUUAUGGAUUCGAGGAUGCCGAAUUUGACGCAGACCGAGAAUUUGGUGAGAAUGAGUUCUCGGUGGAUGGAAAGCACGCCGAUCAAAUGACCAAGGGGGAGGAGGACGCAAACCGCCCGAUAUGGGAUCCGAGAGAGUACUUUUUGACAUUGCCGGUUCUGGAAGACAUACUGGAUGUGUGGGACAUCUUCCUCGGAGCAAACGGAGACUACCAUUACUUUUCUAAUUCAACCGCCGGAUCCGAUGCUUCGAGAUUCCCCAAGAUGCUUCACAACAUCAACAAAGAAUUCGAAGAACUGAGGCGGCUCCAUAGAACAUUGUCGCGCGUACAGAGUCAGUGCGAAAAAGAAGAAACGUCCACCGGGGCUCGAAUGAUGCAGCAGAACAACUACAUCGCAAUGCUCAUGGUGCAGUGGCUCGGCCCGCUCGGUCUUGUUAUAUCCUUCUUCGCUAUUGAAAAACCCAUCAUGGACUUCAAGCGAAACUUGGUUUCCUUUACCGGGUUCAACUUGACGCUGUCGUCAGCAAGGAACGUAGCAAAGGAAUACGUCGAAAUGGAGGCACUCGAAAAUGUGCUCAGUGCUUUGAAUCUCGAUGUUCCCAUGCCUGGGGUCAAUAACGCGGAAGUGCUUGCCAAUCCGCUCGACGUGUGCCGCACCUACCUCGCCGAAGUACUGGCAGACGCUGUCGGCUGUGACAUCAACGUAGCUUACAAGUCCAUUCAAUGGCCGAACAACAUCUUCAAUGGCGACCUGGCGGUCAUACUCCCGAAGCUCCAGCCUGGUGCUAAAGCUGAAGAAGUGGCUGUUGGGCUUAUGAAGAAGUUUCCAAUCGACCAUCCCCUCUUCGUCCUGCCAUUUCUAGAGGGUGUUCAUUUCCGUGUUUUCGUGAAGCCAGAGUCGCUAACCCGCCUCCUCUUACCGUACAUCUCAAGUCGGAAAGAUGCUUACGGAUCCAUCCCGUCUCCUGGGGAUGCGCGCAAGAAGCUCGUCGUCGAGCUCUCCUCCCCGAACAUCACCAGCGAGUUCCAAGGAAAGCACCUGCGGAGCACAAUCAUCGGCGCAUGCAUCGGCCGACUAUACGAGGCGAUGGGAUGGGAAGUGACGCGUAUCAACUAUCUUGGCGACUGGGGCAAGCCUAUUGCGCUGUUGUACGUUGGCUGGUCGAAGUACGGCUCGGAAGAGGCGUACGAGACGGAUCCGGUCGGACACCUCCUGGAGGUCUACCACAAGAUCGAAGAAGACUUCAAGCCCGAACAGGCGGCGAGCAAGGCGGCGCGUGACGAAGUGGCGAAGGAAGGAGAAGAUACAGGCGAGGCGCAGGCCGAGAUUGAGAGCAAGGGCAUCUUCGCAGAACGCAACGAAGCUUUCAAGAAGCUGGAAGAGGGUGAUGAGGAGCUCGUUGCCUUCUGGAAGCGCGUGCGAGAUGUCAAUAUCGGUGACUACACCAAGUUCUACGAGCGACUUGGUGUGCGCUUCGAUGAGUACUCCGGCGAGUCGCAGAUCAAGCCUGAGACUAUGGUGGAGGUCGAACAGAUACUCAAGGAGAAGGGUAUCUCGGAGGAGAGUGGAGGAUCUCAGAUCAUCCACAUGCAGAACAUAGGUGCGAAGGCUGGUACGGCCAUCAUCCGCGACCGCUCCGGUAGCAGCACAUACCUUCUUCGAGACCUCGCCGCGGUGUUGGAGCGUUCGAGGAAGUACUCGUUCAACAAGAUGGUAUACGUCGUUGCCAGCGACAAUAGCGUCCACUUUACUCAGCUCAUCAAGGUGUUGGAGGCGAUGGACAUGAAGGAGCUCGCCAACAAGCUCCAGCAUGUCAAGUUCAGUGAGGUAUCGAAAAUGGCGGCGACGCUUGGUAAAGGGUACAAGCCGCAGGGUAUAUUGGACGCAUGUGAGGAAGCGAUGACUGCGUUGUCGGAAGCCGAUGCCGAGAAGCUCGAAGUGGUAGGUGGACUGGACGAUGCUAGGGAAGGAUUGGCGACAUCGUCACUGCUUGUGCAAGAGCUCUCGACUCGCCUGACCACAACACAUGCCUUCGAUACUGGUGCGAUGGCCUCCUUCAAGCUUGGAUCGGGUCCGGAUCUGCAGUACUGGCUGGCUAAGCUCCGCCAAUUGCUCAAAGGUGCUGACGCAGCUGAACUCUCGGAUGGAGAUUACGAAGUGUUAGCUGAAGAAGACCCGGCCAAUCUUCUGCGCAUUCUGGCCCAGUACCCGGAGGUUGUGAUUGCGACCUACCAUUCGCUCGAGCCGGCUGGUGUUGUUACUUAUCUCGCUAGUGUGACUGAGCAGCUUGCUGAAUGUCUUCCAGAGGGUGCUGAGGGUGAGAAGGUCACCCCCGGUCUGGCGGCGCUCUAUGAAGCGACUGCAGUCGUGCUGGAGAAUGGCAUGAAGCUGCUAGGGUUGGCGCCCAUCGCGCAGUCAUUGCCGGAGAGAGCGGAUACGCCGGUGAUGGGAUGA